CAAACAUUCUAACUUUGAUAGAGUGUUUGUUCAAAAUGGAGCCAGCAAAUUUAAGAGGAAGUAGUUUGAGAGAAAGUAUUAUUGGAAAUAGUAUGAGAGGGAGCUUAAGUUUAAAGAUGAAUAGUAUUAAUAACACUAUGUGGACGAACAAUGGUGUGGAGAUUUUUAGUCGUUCGUCAAGGGUUGAAGACGACGAAGAGGCUCUUAAAUGGGCAGCACUCGAAAAACUUCCAACGUUCGAUCGUUUAAGAAAAGGUCUCUUGUUUGGAUCCCAAGGUGCAUCUGCUGAAAUUGAUAUACAUGAUCUUGGUUUUCAAGAUAGAAAGAAGUUGCUUGAAAGGCUUGUGAAAGUUGCAGAUGAAGAUAAUGAGAAGUUCUUGUUGAAACUCAGGCAAAGAAUUGAUCGAGUUGGGAUAGAUUUGCCAUCAAUAGAAGUAAGAUACGAGCAUCUAAAUAUUGAGGCAGAUGCAUAUAUAGGAAGCAGAGCUUUGCCUACAUUUACCAACUUCAUGACUAAUUUUCUUGAGACAAUGUUGAACUCUCUCCAUAUCCUACCGAGUCGAAAGAGGAAACUCACUAUCCUUAAUGAUGUGAGUGGUAUCAUUAAGCCUUGCAGAAUGACUUUGCUUUUAGGACCUCCAAGUUCUGGCAAAACUACUCUAUUAUUAGCUUUGGCCGGAAAGCUUGACCCUGCCCUUAAGGUUAAUGGGAAAGUGACCUAUAAUGGACAUGAAAUGAAUGAAUUUGUGCCACAAAGAACUGCUGCUUAUAUUAGCCAGUAUGAUCUACACAUUGGAGAGAUGACUGUGAGAGAAACCUUGGAAUUCUCAGCCAGGUGCCAGGGAGUUGGCUCUCAUUAUGAGAUGUUGGUUGAACUGUCAAGAAGAGAGAAAGCAGCUAAAAUCAAGCCAGAUCCUGAUAUUGAUAUCUUCAUGAAGGCAGCGGCAACAGAGGGAGAAAAUGCCAAUUUUGUUACAGAUUAUGUUCUUAAACUUUUGGGGCUGGAUAUUUGUUCAGAUACUAUGGUGGGAGAUGAAAUGAUAAGAGGUAUUUCAGGAGGACAAAAGAAGCGUGUGACAACAGGUGAAAUGCUCGUUGGACCAUCAAAGGCAUUUUUCAUGGAUGAAAUCUCAACUGGAUUGGAUAGUUCCACCACUUACUCGAUUGUAAACUCGAUAAGGCAAUCUAUACAAAUCUUGAACGGAACUGCUGUGAUAUCUCUCUUGCAGCCAACACCUGAGACGUAUAACUUGUUUGACGAUAUUAUUCUGCUAUCGGAAGGGAAAAUUGUCUAUCAAGGCCCUCGAGAGGAUGUACUUAGCUUCUUCGAGUCCAUGGGUUUCAAAUGCCCAAAAAGAAAAGGCGUGGCCGACUUCUUGCAAGAAGUAACAUCCAAGAAGGAUCAACCGCAACACUGGGUAAGGAGGGAUGAGACUUACAGGUUUAUCACGUCGAAAGAAUUUUCUGAGGCAUAUCAAUCAUUCCAUGUUGGAAGGAAACUCGGGGAUGAGCUUGCAGCUUUAUAUGACAAAAGCAAAAGCCAUCCAGCAGCUUUAACAACUCAGAAAUAUGGUAUAGGGAAGAAACAACUCCUAAAGUUCUGCACUGAAAGAGAAUUAUUGCUAAUGAAGAGGAACUCGUUUGUUUACAUCUUUAAGUUCACUCAGCUUUCAAUUAUGUCACUCGUGACAAUGACCCUCUUUUUUCGAACUAAGAUGCCACGCGAUACUGUGGAAGAUGGAGGAAAAUAUGCUGGUGCACUCUUUUUUGCUGUCACUAUGAUUAUGUUUAACGGAAUGUCUGAGAUCGCCUUGACAAUUUACAAGCUUCCUGUCUUCUACAAGCAAAGAGACCUUCUCUUUUUCCCUUCAUGGGCUUAUGCAAUGCCCUCAUGGAUACUCAAAAUCCCUGUAACAAUUCUUGAAGUUGGCAUUUGGGUGUUCCUCACUUACUAUGUCAUCGGAUUUGAUCCGAGCCCUACAAGAUUGUUCAAGCAUUUCCUGCUACUCAUAUUUGUAAACCUGAUGGCAUCUGGAUUGUUUCGUUUCAUUGGGGCAGCUGGAAGGACCAUGGGAGUUGCUAAUACAUUUGGAACAUUUUUUCUACUUUUACAAUUCGCUUUGGGUGGAUUUGUUCUUUCACGAGAUAAUGUGAAGAAAUGGUGGCUAUGGGGUUAUUGGUCUUCACCGAUGAUGUAUUCCAUGAAUUCAAUUCUUGUAAAUGAAUUUGAUGGGAAAAGGUGGAAACAGAAUGCACCAAUUGGAAUUGAGCCACUUGGAGUUGCAGUUGUAAGAUCGCGAGGGUUCUUCCCAUAUGCAUACUGGUACUGGAUAGGUAUCGGCGCACUUAUUGGAUUCACAAUCGUCUUUAACAUCUGCUACAAUUUUGCACUCGCUUGUCUAAACCCAUUUGAUAAGCCACAAGCUAUGAUACUGGAAGACAGUGAAGAUGCCAAAACAACUACCACUGAGAAAGAAGUGUCCAAUAGCGAGGGUCAGAAUAAGAAAAAAGGAAUGGUUCUUCCAUUUGAACCACAUUCCAUUACCUUCGAUGAAGUUACAUACUCUGUUAACAUGCCUCAGGAAAUGAAAUAUCAAGGUGUCACUGAAGAUAGAUUAGUACUUCUAAAGGGUGUAAGUGGAGCAUUCAGGCCUGGUGUUUUGACAGCUUUGAUGGGAGUUAGUGGCGCUGGAAAAACAACGUUGAUGGACGUAUUGGCUGGAAGAAAAACAGGAGGAUAUAUUGAGGGUAAUAUCAAGAUUUCUGGCUAUCCUAAAACGCAAGAAACUUUUGCACGCAUAUCUGGAUACUGUGAGCAGAAUGAUAUCCACUCACCUUAUGUUACAGUUCAUGAGUCAUUAGUAUACUCAUCUUGGCUGCGUAUACCUCACGAUGUAGAUGAAAAGACCAGAAAGAUAUUUGUUGAGGAAGUUAUGGACCUUGUGGAGCUUACACCAUUAAGAUCAGCCUUAGUUGGUUUGCCAGGAGUCAACGGUCUCUCAACCGAGCAACGCAAAAGGUUGACCAUUGCAGUGGAACUAGUGGCAAACCCCUCUAUCAUUUUCAUGGAUGAACCAACUUCGGGGCUGGAUGCAAGGGCUGCUGCAAUUGUGAUGAGAACUGUUAGGAACACUGUUGAUACUGGAAGAACCGUUGUUUGUACCAUCCAUCAACCUAGUAUUGACAUUUUUGAAGCCUUUGAUGAGCUAUUUCUAAUGAAACGAGGAGGACAAGAGAUUUAUGUUGGUCCAUUGGGUCACCAUUCUUGCGAUUUGAUCAGAUAUUUUGAGUCAAUUCCUGGGGUAAGUAAAAUACAAGAAGGCUAUAAUCCAGCAACUUGGAUGCUAGAAGUCACAACCCCGGCUCAGGAAAUGAUGUUGGGGGUUGAUUUUGCUGAUUUAUACAAGAAAUCAAAUGCUUACACGAGGAAUAAAGCGUUGAUUACUGAACUGAGCGUGCCUUGCCCCGGUACAAAAGACCUGCAUUUCAAAAAUCAAUACUCACAGCCAUUUUGGACCCAAUGUAUGGCUUGCCUUUGGAAGCAACACUGGUCAUACUGGCGUAAUCCUACUUAUACUGCGGUCAGAUUUCUGUUUACAAUCUUCAUCGCCUUGUCCAUCGGGACAAUAUUCUGGGAUCUUGGUACUAAAGUAGGUAAGAGCCAAGAUCUAUUUAACGCUAUGGGAUCAAUGUACGCUCCUGUUUUCUUCAUUGGUUUUAAAAAUGCGGCAUCAGUGAUGCCUGUUGUAGCCAUUGAGCGUACAGUAUUUUAUAGAGAAAGAGCUGCUGGAAUGUAUUCUGGAAUUCCUUAUGCCUUUGGACAAGUUUUUAUUGAAAUGCCGUAUGUAUUUAUGCAAGCUAUUUUCUUUGGUGUUAUUGUUUAUGCCAUGAUUGGAUUUGAAUGGACAGUAGGCAAGUUCUUUUGGUACUUGUUCAUCAUGUAUUUCACUCUCUUAUACUUCACCUUCUAUGGUAUGAUGACCGUUGCUAUUACCCCUAAUCUAAAUGUCGCACAAAUUGUCUCUAUCUUCUGCUAUGCCAUGUGGAAUCUUUUCUCAGGAUUCGUUGUUCCACGACCUCUUAUGCCCAUAUGGUGGAGAUGGUACUAUUGGGCUAAUCCUGUUGCCUGGACAUUGUAUGGUUUGCUUGCAUCACAAUUCGGGGACCUCCAAAACAAACUUACUAAUGACGAAACUGUGGAGCAAUUCUUGAGACGUUACUUCGGUUUCAAGCAUGAUUUUCUUGGAGUAGUUGCAGUUGUGAUUGUUGCAUAUGUUGUAGUUUUUGCCUUCACAUUUGCUUUAGCUAUUAAGACAUUCAACUUCCAGAAAAGAUGAAAGAGUUUACCUGUUGAAGAUCUAUAUGAGGAAAAUUGAAGAAGAGAUUGAUCAUAAAACUAUUGUAUACGGGUCUUUAAGAAGUAUAUGUUCUCUACUACGACA